AUGGGCAGAGCCAUGGUAGCCAGGCUCAGGCUGGAGCUGCUGCUUGUGGCACUGCUCCUACCCACAGCAAUGUAUUCAGCAACUGUUGUAACACUUUCAGGUAACUCCUCCCAGAGUACCCUGGCUGCUCGAAAUCCAGGUAAUGCCACCACCAAGAUGGUUGGAAGGGCCCUGCAAUCAACAGCCAGUGUCCUCGUGGUCUUGGUCUCUCUUCUAUUUCCCUACCGUUAA